UAAGGACACCAUUCUCCUCAUAGAUGAAAGUGCACCCUCCGUUGAGCAGCGAAACGUUGAAAAUGGUAUAACAAGCAUAAUCGUCUGUCGUUCACGAGUUCUACUGCAGAAGCGAAGUAUCGCGGCCUCCCAUUGAUAACAAUUGCUACUAUAUAGGAAGGCCACUCUCAUCGUGAGUUGUCAUCAAACAACAGACGGUAAUGCACUGACAACGAGGAUCUCGUCGAAAGUAUGUGCUAGCAAAAAUGCAAUAAAAAUGCAGCCGCAAACCCUACGCUUCACCGCUCAACAUCUUCAACGGAUGCAGACGAUUCCCCUGAGCGAAGAAGGAGAAACGAAGGAGCUACAACACAUCUUGGAAACAGCGAGGAUAAACGGAUACAAGGAAAGAACAAUACAAGCAAUCAUCAACAAUAAGCAGAGGAACCUACGUAAAAACGAACUGACAACACUGACACCGAUCGAUGAACCGCUGAAGAGGGUAUCGGUCCCCUAUGAUCGACACAUCACCCACCAGCUACGCCAUCGACUGAGGAAAUUCGGCAUCGAUUUAGUAUUCUCCAGCAGAAGCAAUCAAAUGAAGACACUGUUGGGCUCCACAAAGGAUAGAGUAGAAAUAUUAAAUAAGGCCGGGGUUUAUCAAAUUAAUUGUUCACAGUGUGAUAAAGUAUAUGUAGGUCAAACAAAAAGAUCGUUAGAUGUAAGGUUCAAAGAACAUAUUGCAGAAGUAAGUAAGGCUAAGAGGGAAACUGAUAAGGGAUUAAAUUAUGAGUUUAGGUCUAAGGUAGCUGAACAUGUAUAUCAGGAAAAUCAUUCAAUUACGACAUCAAACAUUAAAAUUUUAAGAAAUGUCUCUUCUCCGUGGAAACUGAAUUAUUGAUUAAUUUGCAUGAUGAGCCAACGUUGCAUCCAGGCCUUACAUUACCUCCCGCUACCCUAUCGUUGACGGUGUCAGUCCAUUAGGCCGAAGGCCAUUUGACCGAAGGUCAUUAGGCCGAAUAGUCAUUAGGCCGAAUUAGCAAAAAUGAG